AUGUCAGGGUCAGUCGUGCUUAAUACUUCUAUGGCAAAACGUGGAUAUUACGAUAAUGUUAUUUUUCAUAGAAUAAUUGAGGAUUUCAUUAUACAAGGUGGUGAUCCAACUGGAACCGGUCGUGGUGGUUCAUCAAUCUAUGGCAAAUACUUUGAAGAUGAGAUUCAUCCAGAAUUAAAGCAUACGGGUGCUGGCAUUUUAAGUAUGGCAAAUUCUGGUACAAACACAAAUGGCAGUCAGUUUUUCAUAACAUUGGCACCUACACCGUGGUUAGACGGAAAGCACACUAUUUUUGGAAGGGUGAGUGAAGGUAUGAGAGUUGUCAAGCGUAUGGGACUUGUUAAAUGUGAUUCCGAUGAUAGGUAA